CCUCUCUCUCUCUCUCUCUCUCUCAUAUUAUAACUGCCCACUCUCCACCAUUACACCUCUGCAAAAAAAAAAAAAAAAAAAAACAAAGGAAAAAAAAAUGUCGUCGGAAUGCAAUUUCCUCUUCGUUCAAUCAACAAGUGUGCUCUCCUUCGAGCUCUGCGUGUGCUUGCUUCUCUUCAUCGCAGUCUUCGGGCUCUGGCUGACGCCGGGGGGCCUUGCAUGGGCCCUAUACCGGGCCCAUUCCCGGGCCGCCGCAUCCAUUCCCGGGCCUUCGGGCCUUCCCAUCGUAGGCCUGGCCCUCUCCUUCACCCACCACUCCCUCACGCAUAGAACCCUCGCCCGCCUCUCCAAGGCCUUCAAAUCCAAACCCCUAAUGGCCUUCUCCGUCGGCUUCACCCGCUUCGUCGUCUCGGGCGACCGCGACACGGCCCGGGAGAUCCUCAGCAGCUCCGCCUUCGCGGACCGGCCCGUGAAGGAGACGGCCCGCAUGCUGAUGUUCGACCGGGCCAUGGGCUUCGCGCCCUACGGGGACUACUGGCGGAGCCUGAGGAGGAUCUCCGCCGUGCACCUCUUCGGCCCGAGGCAGCUGGCCCGCCACGGGGAGGUGAGGAGGGGGAUUGCGCGGCGGGUGGCGGCCGGGGCCGCGGCGGAGAUGGGGAGAGAGGGCGUGGUUAGGGUUAGGAGUUUGUUGCAUUUGGGGUCUUUGAAUAAUGUGAUGAUGAGUGUGUUUGGGAAAUGGUAUGAAUUUGGAGAAAGUGGAGAGGGUUUGGAGUUGGAGUUCUUGGUGAAGGAAGGGUAUGAGUUGCUUGGGAUGUUGAAUUGGAGUGAUCAUUUUCCGUUACCGGGCCCGUUUGUUUGGCAGGGAAUCAGAAAGCGAAGCAUGCGAUUGGUGGAAAAGGUUAAUGUUUUUGUCGGAAAAAUUGUGGAGGAGCAUAGGGUUAAGAGGGCCAACAUGAUUCAUCAAGAAGGUGAUGAAUCUCAUGAUUUUGUUGAUGUUUUGCUUGAUUUGGAGAAGGAGAGCAAACUAUCUGAUUUGGAAAUGAUUGCAGUUCUUUGGGAAAUGAUCUUUAGAGGGACUGAUACUGUGGCCAUCCUUUUGGAAUGGAUUCUUGCAAGAAUGAUUCUUCAUCCUGAAAUCCAAGCCAAGGCACAAAAUGAGAUUGACAAUGCAAUUGGGCUCAACAAAAUGGUGGCUGAUUCCGACCUCCCAAACCUCCCUUACAUCCAAGCUAUUGUGAAGGAGACCCUAAGGUUGCACCCCCCGGGCCCCCUCCUCUCCUGGGCCCGCCUCGCCAUCCACGACACCCACGUGGGCCCCCACUUCGUCCCCGCAGGCACCACCGCCAUGGUCAACAUGUGGGCCAUCACCCACGACGAGGGGGUGUGGCCCGAGCCCGAGAGGUUCAGGCCCGAGAGGUUCCUGGAGGAGGAUGUCUCCAUUAUGGGGUCCGAUUUGAGGUUGGCCCCAUUCGGGUCCGGGAGGCGGGUGUGCCCCGGUAAGUCAAUGGGCCUCGCCACGGUCCAACUCUGGCUAGCUCACUUGCUUCAUAAGUUCAAGUGGACUGCUUGUGCUGAUCGUGGAGUGGAUUUAUCGGAAUGCCUGAAAUUGUCGUUGGAGAUGAAGCAACCACUAGUUUGCAAAGCUUUUCCUAGGAUUUCUUGAAGGAAUUAAUCAAGGGUUAAAAGAUUCGAUUUCUUGCCAUGAUUUUUGAGUUCUAUAUAUAUGGAGGAGAUCGUGUUUGUUCAUAUAAGCCAGCUCAAAAAGAUUAAAAUUAGAUGGAGAAAUAUAUAAUUACGUAGUUUAUUGUUUUAGGAAUUUGUUUGGACUUUUAAUAUCCUAAAGUGUGAGCUAGCUAGUAUGUUUAUAUAGUUAUGAUCAUAGUACGAAUCUUCAAAUAUUGUGUGCCCUUCUUUAGGUUUUCGCUAUAUUUAUGAAUUAUUCUUACCUCAA